CAAAAUAAACUCCCCGAAAUAAGUGCGCGGCCUAUCCGCCGCUACGGGGCAGAGCAGAGCGCGGUGGGUGCGCAUUCGAAGCACAGCCAAAGCGCCGUGCUAAUCCAGCUACGGAAGACUUGCGGUGCCGCUGCCCGACAAAAAUCGUUUUGCGUGAUUCACGUGCUCGACCAUGUCUGCUUUCAGGCACCGGCACCUGUACACGUUUCACAAUUUCUGGGAUUAUAACAAGGACGGAAUACUGACAUGGGACGACUUCAACAUUAUAGCGGAGAACUACACCAAGUUGCAACGCCGCGGAAAGCUCGAGAAGGAAGUCUUCGAAAGGUGGAAGUCGAUUCUUGAGCGAUGGUGGAACGAACUCACGGAGCACGCAGAUUUUAACAAGGACCGCAUUGUGGAGUUCGACGAGUGGCUCAAGUUUUUCAACAAUCUUGGAAAGAGCACGAAGAGCGUCAAGGACCUGCCAGACUUCCUGCAGAAGUACCUGCACCUGUUCUUCCUCAUCAUGGAUUCGAACAAGGACGGCUUGAUAUGUGCCAAAGACUACAAGAAGUACCUGAAAACUCACAAUCUCGACAUAAGCAGAGCAGAUGAGUGCUUCAAGGAAAUGCUCAAUGAGGAAGACGCUGCGAACGGCGACGCCAUGACAUCAGAUCGUUUUACGGCUACAGUCUACGAAUGCUGGGUAUCACAAGACAAUAACUGCAAGGGAAAAUAUAUAUGUGGACCGUACGAUACAACUUCCAUGGAAGAGCUCGAAAAGAAGAACAAGAAGCGGCCAGUCUGAAUACUGCCACGCUGCACUUUUUUUUUUCCCCUUUGCUUUUGUACAAACUUUGCCUUACUA